AGACAACCUCAUGUAAGAUUCCCAGCAGUGCACAGAGAGCUGCGACUGCAUGCAUCCGCGGGCUGGUCUCUGCACACCCACUUUCACACCAUCGCGCACUUUCUUGGACGCCCAUCCUUGCGCGCAGACCCCUCAACACGGAGCGACAGUGCCACGGCUUUCUGUCACCAAAUAUCCCAGUAGCAGCUUUAAUUACAACUCAGAGACUGACACGGGGAACUUUUUAAAAGUUGCUUCAUCCUUUUUUUUUUAUUCUUAUCAUUAUUUUCCGGAAACAUGCCCAACUCCGGCAUCCAGCUGCUGGGGUUUUUCCUGUCCCUGGUCGGGGUGGUGGCGCUGAUCGCGGGGACGGUCCUGCCGCAGUGGAAGAUGUCAGCCUACAUCGGAGACAACAUCAUCACGGCCGUGGCCAUGUACCAGGGGCUGUGGAUGUCGUGCGCCUUCCAGAGCACCGGCCAGCUGCAGUGCAAGAUCUACGACUCCAUCCUGCAGCUCGACAGUUCGCUCCAGGCCACUCGCGCCCUGAUGAUAGUUGGCAUCAUCGUGUCCAUCACCGGCCUGGGUGUGGCCUGCAUGGGCAUGAAGUGCACCACCUGUGGGGGGAGUGACCAGCUACGCAAGUCUCGCAUCGCCAUGACCGGUGGCAUCAUCCUGCUGGUGGGAGGGCUGUGUGCCAUCGUGGCGUGCUCCUGGUUCGCUCACAACGUCAUCAGGGCCUUCUACAACCCCUACACUCCUGUCAACACCAAGUUUGAGUUCGGUGCCGCCAUCUUCAUCGCGUGGGGCGGCUCCCUCAUCGACGUCCUGGGGGGGGCCAUGCUGGCGGCCUCCUGCCCCCGGAAGAAGCAGGUGUCCAAGUACCCGCCCAUGGCUGGCUCCCGGUCCGGCCCCCCCAGCGCCACCAAGGAAUACGUCUGAACCCCCCCCGGUGUCCGGGACUGAAAACCAAGCCCAGCGAGACAUUCCCCACUUGUCACAGCAUCACAGAGGAGGAGAACCCAAGAUGUGUGGGCAGUUUAAACACACACACACACACACACACACACACACACACACACACACACACACACACACACACACACACACACACACACACACACACACACACACACACACACACAGAGAGAGCGUCACGGAGACCUGAAGGGACUUUCCAUACUUCUGUCCAGGGAGAGCUUUGACCUGAUCAUCAGGCAGGACAGCGACGGCUUCAUGACGGAUGUCUCUCGCACCGUCCACACAUUCCAGCUGUUUACAGUUAGUCCUCACAAACACAUGAUAAUUGGAUCCUGACUUCACCGACACCUCUCAGGGUGUAACCACUUGAGUUGUGGCCUCGACCGGAGCUCAAAGCCAACACUCGCACCCCCGUGUUAGAACCAGCACCUCUUAGUGUUAACCGUGUAAUUGAGGCUCGUAGACGACGCGGGUUCUGGAUCAACUGCUGGUACUGAAAUAGACGGGCGGGUGGGGUUUUCACCGAGCGCAUCACGCAGGACGAUCCUGCAGGUCUUCAUACCAGCCUGCUACAAACCCUGCUCAGAUACGAAAUAUUUGAUCAUGUGGUCAUCAUACCUUCAUGUGCGUGCCUUCAGCAAACAGCCACUAUGGGAUGGAACUGCCUAUUUAUUGUGUCAAGAGUAGUUUUCUCCUCCUGUAUAGGUUAAAAGUUAUUUGGUUAUUCACUGUUGACCUUCUUUAGAUGUUAAACAUUUAUUAUUAGGCUGUUUUAUGCUCUGAACUUUAUCUUUGUAGUUCUUUUUACGUCGUACUUUUAUACAUUUGGCUCCUUCGGCAGACGUUGAAUAGAAAAUGUAUUAUGAGAGUAUUUUAACAUGUCAAAUAGUACUUAAAUAAUAAAGAU